GAAAUUUGGAGUGAUUAUUAUGAAAUGAUUUUAUUCCAUGUAGUCCAUAUAAAAUGUUACUCAAGCUGAUUUAAAUCUAAAACGCGAAAUCCUUCAUGGUAUUCCUAUGCAUAAACUACCAUUUAGAACCAUCUUUCACUCCCCAAUAUCUCUCUGCAAAUCCCCCUGAAGACACAAUCUCUGUUGGCGCAUAAGAAAACCCUCACUCCAUCUACCAAAAUGUUGAGCAAAUGUGCAAUUAGAAGCUGCAACAUGAACAGCGACGAUCUGGAAGACACACAUCUGUGCAUUAAGUGCAAUGCCACCAUAGUGGGACUCGCCAAGUACAUAGAGCACCGCAAAAGCAACUGCCUGGCCGCAACGAAAGCCCAAAGAUCUGUGACUCCACCGGCAACGGGAGCAGAGGCCACGCCAACGGCCACUCCAGAUGUUUCACCCACCGCGAUACUCAGCAGCACACACUUGGAUCACUCGUACGACGGCUUUCAUUUUGCAGAGCCGGAGGCGCCCAGCAGCUAUCUGAGAAAGACGACAGCCAGUCAUGGGGGAAAGAGCUCCAAGUCGCUGACGGAAGCCUACGAUCUGCCCUACGAACUGGGCGCCGAUUUGUUCUUCUCGUCGCUGCAGUUGCAGAGCGUGUCAACGGGCGGAAAGACGGUGUCGAGGCCCAAGGAGGAGGCCUGGGAUGGCGCCCAUAGAGCGGCCAAAGAGGAGGCCUGGCCAGCGGCUAGGGAUCCGGUACUCAAAGCAGUGCGAGAGGAGUCUGUCUUCAAGCCGCUCAACUUUGUGCACGACUCGCCAGAGCCCAGCGACGAUGAGGACGAAGAAGAUGAUGAUCCGGAUGACUCGUUUGAUGUGGAGGAAGAUGAGGCCGAAGAGGAGUACGAUGUGGUGCAGCAUUCGCCGCCCGCAGUGCCUGCCACCCACACGGGUGGCAAGUGGAAGCCCGAGCAUCGGCCGCAGCUGCGACACACGCACAUGGAGAGGAUCUCCCCCAGCUGGGAUGAGCCCGUGGAUGUGGUCUACGCGCAUCCGCCCGAGGAGCACACGCGUGGCAAGUGGGUGCCCGGCAGCAAGCAGCUGGAAUACCGCGAGAACAUCGACCUGACGAAGCUGCAACAGCCGGGUGUCAGCUACUGGUGCAACAUCUGUUGCAGACGCUUGAAGAGUCGCUGCAACUACGAUCAGCAUCUGCGUUCGGGCUACCAUUUGAAGCGUGCGGAGGCCGAGUCUCAGCUGGAGCAGGCCACCCUUGGGGGUAAGCUUACGCUGAGCAAGGACUUUAGUCUGCCAGAGCGGGAGGAGCAGCAACAGCAACAGCAAGAGCAGCAGCAGGCAACGGAGGAGGAGGAGGAGUCUGCUGCCCCCAAAAGGAAACGCCGUGCGCAUCAGCUGCGCUGCGAUCUGUGCCGCCACACGAUGGCCCGCCAUCUGAUGGGCAAGCAUCUGAUCUCGCAUUACCACUACCGCCGCCUGCAGCAGCAGACGCCGCUGCGCAGGCAAUCCUUCCUGCAGGACAUACUCGACCACAUGGCCAGCAUUGUGCGACAGUCGCCGUUCCAGUGCCUGCCCUGCCGCUUCUAUGCCAACACGGAGCACUCCUUUCUGCAGCACUGGCGAUCCGAGGCGCACUUGAAGCAGGUCGAGGGGCCAGCAGGUCCAGGGGCUUCGGGUGGCAGCUUCUGGUGCAGCUACUGCCAGUUUGAGUGCGACUCCAGUGACGUUAUGUGGCAGCACAUGCUGCAUCCGUGCCACAAGGAUGUGGUGCAGGCACUCAAUCGAUCCGUGCCCAUUUGCAUUGCCCAGCGGCGUCGCCUGCAGUGCUCCGCGUGUGGCGAGAGCUUCCUGUACAACAUGCAGCUGCGUCGCCACUUUGCCACAGAGCAUGCGGGCGUGCCGCCCACCGCCACGGCCGCCGACGACUACCAGAGUCGCUUUCGCUGUGGCAUCUGCGGAGCGCCGCAAAUGUCCCGCCUGGCGCUGCAGCGGCACGAGAAGUUCAAGCAUCAGCUGGAGCGCUACUACUGCGGCAUCUGUCACCUGGAAUUUGCCACGGCGCUGGAGGCGCGUCGCCAUCGCAGUCUGCUGCAGCACAAGCUGCGCUCCACGCCCAAAGACAGGGCGGCGCCGCAAUCGGAUAGGGUGCUGGAGCGCAUGCUACGCGAGGUGCUGGAGGAUCAGCGCCCAAAUCCGCCGGCCAAAAAGAAGCGACUGAUCGCGGCCUGCAAACAGUGCGCCAGCUGCCAGAAGAUCUUUGACUCGCCGCCAGCGCUGGCCCAGCAUCGGGCGGCGGCGCAUCCCACGGAAAAUCAUUGCUGCCUGAGUUGCGGCGAGAGCUUUCACUCACCUCAGGCACUGGGCAGGCACAACCGCAGCUGUCAGCCCACAGCGAGCACGUCCGCCAAUGCCACCGCCACCGCCACUGCCACUGCCACGACAGACGGCAGCAAGUCCUGGUGCUGCGAUCAGUGUCCGUUCAGCUGCGAAUACGAAUCGGAUCUGCUGUAUCAUCGCUUCUUUCACACUCGAACGGGUGCGAUUGGACGCAACGAGUUGCUGCAGUGUCCGCGCUGUCCCAAACGCUUCAAGAUGUACUCCCUCAGGCCGCAUCUGCGGACGCACACGAACGAGAAGAUCUUCGAGUGUGCCGUCUGCCAGAUGAAGUUUGGCAGGCGACACAAUCUCAAGAAUCACAUUGCCACCAUGCACGGCCCGAAGGGAACGAAGAAGCAAACGGAAACGGAACCCAAACGGAAAGCAAAGCAUGUAACGGAUGAAGACAAACCCAAAUAUCCGUGUGCAAUAUGCGGAAAAAUGCUGGCAAAUAGGAGUUCCCAAAAGCAUCACGAGCAGAGCCAUGCCUUGAAUGUGGAGCGUAGCUAUCGCUGUCAUGUCGCGGACUGUACAUUUGCUGGUGCUACGCAGGUGAGCCUUCGCAUCCAUUUGGUCUCGCAUUCCCAGGGCACAUACAAGUGCGAAAGGGACCAAUGCAAGUAUGUGGGAAAGAGCGAAUUGCAUUUGAAAAGGCACCUCAAGUCGGUCCAUGGCAAGGAGCAGAUCAAGUGGUAUCCCUGCGAUCAGUGCGAGUUCAGGGGCCGCAACAAGGAAAAACUUCGACGGCACUCCAUCAGUCACUCGGGCGAGAAGCGCCACAAGUGUCCCCACUGCAGUUUCCGUUGCAAAAACAUCGACAAUCUACGCAAACACGUGAUGAAAACGCGCAAGCAUCCAGGCAAAUUCAUGUACGAAUGCAAAAAGUGCUCGGAACAGAAAUCGAAGGAGAUUUACAAGACCAACAGCUACCAGGAAUAUCAGAGACAUUUGGCCACACAUGAAAAGAAAUAAGGUGCGUUUUCAAUUCAUAAAUUUCGUAUGUCAAAAAACAAUUUGUACAGGAGAAAGUUUUUUUUAACUAUUCAGCUUAGAAUGAAAAAAUCGUGGUAGGAAUUUAAAAAAAAAAAACUACGAUCUCUAGAGAUUUAAU